AUGCCUCAUUCUCCAACACUAGCAGCCGUUGACGCCAAUGACUCACAUUUGGGCAACACCGACCAGGAAUGCUUCUCAUUGUGCGAGUAUGAUCUCGAUGUCGUUGAUGACGCCUUGAACAAUCCCACUCGUGGCGAAUAUCGUGACCAUUUUGGAUUCCAUAUCCAAGUCAAGACGGAUGAUGAAGAUGAAGCAAGCAGCAGCAGUGAGGAUUCGGAUUCGGAUUUGAGUGAUCAAGAAGAUGGCAUUGCACAACAACAUCAUCAUCAUCAAGGUACCACAACCAACAACAACAACAACGACAGCAACAGCAACAACAGUCGACGUCCUCCUCGACGAUUACAACCCACCCAUUCUACUACCACAUCAAGUGAAGAGGAUGAUGCAUCAGUGGAUACAGCCAUGACAACGCCUACUAUGCUCAAACACCCGUUUCCUUUGCCAACAACAGCAACCACCAUGGAUACGCCUCGUCGAUGUCGAUCAUCCACCGUGGCUGAAUCUCUUCAGGAGCAAGUAGAGGAAGAAGAUGAUGAUGACAAAGAAGAGAAUGAAUACGACAAUGAAAAUGAACAAUCAUUAUCAUCCAACACCACCAUGAAGACUCCAAAGAGACGACGAGCAGCUACAGUGGUGCGUCACAAGCCAUUGCCACCUCGACCCUUAGAAGAUGAACCAGAAACAACAACAACGACAACCUCCUCACAAGGUAGCAACUUGGCGCGUACAAGAUCCGAGAGUGGAAAAUCCUUCCAUUCGUUUAGCUUUUUCAAGAGAACGGAUUCAUUAUCAUCACGCAGCAGCCAUAGCAGUACUAGUACAUCCACAUCACGACCUUUGGAACGACCUUCACAAGCAUUUCAGGAACGACAAAGCAAGCGUAUGUCAGGGUUGAUUCGUGGUACCCAGCCUCCUGCUGCCGCUGCAUCAUGUACAUCAGCCGCUGCUGGUGCUGCUGGUGCUGUGACAUCCCCUUCCUCUUCCGCCAACCCCAAGCGAUUCUCUUAUGCAGGUGGUACUACUAGCAGCAGCAGCAGCAGCUACUAUGACAUGAUCCGAUCCAAAUUGGGUGGUGGCAAUUCUAAUGGUGGAGGUGGUGGUGGUCGCUAUUCAGAAGAUCAACAUCAUCAACUACGUGAAUCUAUGAGACACUUGGCAUUGAAGGAGGAAACUAAGGAGUGUCUUAAUCAAGUGACAUUGAGUGACCCUGAUAAAGAAUUUUGGGAGGCCUUCAUUCAAGACACCGACCAUGUGAUCAAAUCUCAACUUGACAAUGUACGACAACACAUGGUAGCAGGCGGGAUCCCAUUAUCCGUACGUGGUCACCUAUGGCAACUGCUAUCCAAGUCCCGCAACAUGUGUGAGCUUGAGACUGAAUACAGGGAACUACUCAAACGCGUGAGUCCACAUGAGAAAUCCAUUCGACGUGAUUUGGCACGCAAUUUCCCCGCCACCGCUUUCUUUCAACAUCCAGUGACGGAAGGGCUUGAUUCCAUAUUCCAUGUCAUCAAAGCCUAUAGCUUGUUUGAUCAGCAAGUGGGAUACAACAAACAAUUGUUUUAUUUGGUGGCAUGUCUUGUUUCGAAUAUGCCGGAUGAGAAUGCCUUUAGUGUCUUGGUGAAGCUGAUGAGCCAGUACAGUUUACGACCCCAAUACACCUUGCAACAACCUGAACUUUUGCAUGAGCGAUUAUACCAAUUCAAUCACUUGCUGCAGCAAAUGUUACCACAGGUGCAUGAACAUUUGGAGAAACAACAUGUGCAACCCAGCAUGUAUGCGUCGCAAUGGUUCCUGACAUUUUUUGCUUUUCGAGGCCCGCUGCAUUUGGCAUGUCGUGUAUUGGAUGUGGUCCUCAUCGAAGGUGCUCAAAUGAUGCUCCGCUUUGCAUUGACGCUUGUGUUUCGCAAUCAAGAAGCCAUCCUUGCACUCGACGACUUUGAAAGUCUUAUCCACUUUCUCAACAAUACAAUCUAUGACGACUACAAGGACGAUGUGAAUGAUUUUAUUCAAGAUGCCUAUCAUUUGGAUAUUGCACCAAAGUUACUUGCUCGGCUCACCAAGCAAUACGCCAACGAAGCUGCUCGUGAUGCCAAAAUCCAAUCGCAAGAGGAACAACUGCGUCGAGCCAAUGCCGAGGUGACCAACCAGCUACGUCGACUCGAGAAAUCAUAUCAAUCGCUUGAAAAGGAUCAUCAUGAAGUCGCAAGUCAGGUCAUUGAUGCCAAGAUGCAUGUUGCAAGGAUGGAUGAUGAAAAUGAGCAAUUGAGACGCCAACUAGCACAAUCGCGAGGCGAUCUUGAGAAAUUCAAAAUGACAGCACCUGUGGUGGAUAACCUUAUGCGUGAGAAUGCACACCUAAAGCAACAAAACGAUCAGCUCACGACUCGAUUGGCGGAUUUGGAAACGAUGUUGGUGAAUCUCAAAAUCAAGCAUGCAGAAACCGAGAGUGCGUACGAUGAUGUACAACAAAAACUUCAAGCAUGUGGUGGUGGUGUUCCUAUCAACCAAUAUUGA